AUGGGAUAUUAUAUCGGUGUAGAUGUUGGUUCUGGGUCGGUUCGUGCUUGUGUAGUCGAUGACCAAGGUGCAAUGCUCUCCAUGGCUACUAGAGAUAUAAGUAAGGAGGAGAAACUGCCCGGACAUGUAACACAAUCUUCCAAUGAGAUAUGGGAUGCUGUAUGUUACUGUGUUAAGAGUGCUAUUGGCAACUCCAAUGUCAAUAACGGUGACAUUCUCGGAAUAGGAUUUGAUGCCACUUGUUCUCUAGUUGUUCUAAAUAAAGAUAGCUUCGAGCCUGUCGCUGCUGGACCAAAUUUCGAUAACAACAACCAGAACAUAAUUAUGUGGAUGGACCAUCGUGCUAUUGAAGAGACCAAAGAAAUUAACAGGAGUGGUGAUCCCUGUUUAAAAUACGUCGGUGGUCAAAUGUCUGUUGAGAUGGAAAUCCCAAAAAUCAAAUGGCUAAAAAAUCAUAUGGCACCCGAAGAGUUCAAGAAGCUAGUAUUUAUGGACCUUCCAGACUAUUUGACUUUUAUGGCAUCGGGGGUUAACACAAGAUCAUAUUGUUCUGCCGUUUGUAAGCAAGGUUUUUUGCCAAAAGGAGUAGAGGGUUCAAGUAAAGGAUGGUCAACUGAGUUCCUAACUAAGAUAGGAUUGGAAGAGAUAUCGCAAUCUAAUUUUAAUGCACUUGGUGGUCCAAAUGAAAGCGGUAACUUUACAUACGCCGGUAAUCAACUCUCAACGGUAAGCGAGUCAUUUAUCAAAUCUACAAACAUUAACCCAGGUUGUAUUGUAGGUUCUGGUAUCAUUGAUGCUUAUGCAGGUUGGAUAGGCACUGUAGCAUCUUCUACUAUUGAAGUUCCAAAUAAUAAAGAAGUGGUGGAUAUAGAAGAGUGUGCUGGAAGAUUGGCUGCGGUAGCAGGCACAUCAACCUGUCAUAUAGUUCUAUCAAAAACUUCAAUUUUUGUGCCCGGAGUUUGGGGUCCUUAUCGUGAUGUUUUAGUUCCAGACUACUGGUGUGCAGAGGGAGGUCAAAGUUUUACAGGCGCAUUACUAGCACACAUACUAUCCAUUCAUCCAUCAGCAAAUGAACUUUCAAAUUUAGUCAAACAGAGAAAUGUUGACAAGUUUUCGUUCUUAAACAACUACAUUUUGGAGUUGUCAAGAAAGAAUAACCUGGAAACACCACUUUUAUUGACGAAAGAUUUUUUUCUUUAUGGAGACUACCAUGGAAAUAGGUCACCAAUUGCAGACCCUAAUAUGAGGGCUGCCAUAAUAGGUCAAUCUAUGGAUACAUCAAUGGAUGACUUGGCUAGAACAUAUCUGGCAGCGUGUGAAUUUAUUGCACAUCAAACUAAACAUAUAAUCGACACUUUAAUGAAUGCUGGACACACAAUUAAAGCCAUUUAUAUGUCUGGUGGUCAAUGUCGUAAUAACAUAUUAAUGCAACUUAUUGCCAACUGUACCGGUUUGCCUCUGAUUAUUCCAAAAUAUAUAGAUAGUGCUGUUGUUUUUGGCUCAGCAAUCCUUGGCGCAAUGGCUUAUUCGUCAAGUAAGAACAAUUCUGAUAAAGGAGGAGCUGAUUUAUUAUGGUCAACAAUGAGCAACAUGACACCAGAUGGUACGACUGUAUUUCCUGCCACUGAAGACAGCAUUGAAAGGAAAUUAAUCAAUGUUAAACAUAAGAUAUUCUUAGACAUGGCAAAAACCCAGCAAACAUACAGACAACUAGUUGAAAAUGCGAUUAGGUAA